GGUAAGAUAUAAAGUAAAAGGUAGAGAGACAGAGAGAAAGGGUGAGAGAGUUACAGACAUAGUGUCAAGAGAGAGAGAAGGUGCCAGAUAUAGAUUGAGAGAGUGUGAUAAAGAGUAAGUGAUCGAGAGGCAGAGAAGGGAUCGGUUGAGAAAGACAGCGAGAGAGUAAGUGGUAGGGAGAGGAAGAGAGGGAAGAGGGUGAUAGAGAUAAAGAGUGAGUGAUAGAGGGACAGAGAGAGACAGAUAAACAUUUUCUGAGAAGUAAAUGCAGACUGCAGAUGCUCUGGUGCUGAGAGAGAGAAAGGAGGGAGGGAACGAAGAGAAGCAUGUAAAAGAGGGAGAGAGAGAAAGAGAGAGAGAGAGGUGGGGGGGAGGAAUGAGCAGACAGAAGGAGAGGAGUGAACUGUCGGAAAGAGAGAUGGUCAGAGGACGGCAGAGUGGACGAGGAGAGUGGUGAGAAAGAGGAGAAAAGGCGGAACAGAAGGAGAACUGCUCGCCCACCACAUCCUUCUCCAUCAUUCUUGUCGCCGUGACGACGCAUCCCUCAAUCUUUCCCCUCCUCCACCCUUCUCUCCUUCUCCUCUCAGAGGAAGGGAUGCUUUCUCUCUCAUCCCUCCGUCCACAGCUGAAACAAUACGGACGAGUGAACGUGACUCUGAGGCUUCAUCACAACGAAUACAUGGAUCAGCAUCAUCAUCUUCAUCAUCAUCAUCACUGGAACUGACUGUUGUACAUGCACAGGAAAAGAAACUACCCAAGAGACUCCACAUCUGGCCUGCUUGGGAAACAAGCCUGGAACAGAAUCUGGACAUACUCCUGGGACACUCCUGAACCUGUCACAUCGCUGAAGAGUGGACGCACACCCUUCCUCAUACACACACUCCUCUUGAGGAAUUCCAAGCAGUGUCAGACCUUCUAGAUCUUUCCUUUGUGUCAAGAACAUUCGCCCAAAAGAGGCACUGCUGAUCAUCUCCAAGAAGGGGUGGGUCUUCAGAGCUUCUGAGCUCAAUUUUGGAGGAGGAAGGAAGUCAUGUCAGCUGUGCCACUGAGGUGGAUGUGGUACCCCAGCACAAACUGCUCUAGUUCCUUUUAGAAACCUCACAAGAACUGUGAGAACCAAAACCUAAUAAGCUUGUGAUUUAGUCUUUAAAUGCCUUCUUAAAGAGAUUUUCUGUGUAGGUGCUAAUUGUAUCUAAGUCUAUAAAGUAGGUAUUUAUGGUAUCAUCUUGAAUAUUAAGAAAUAUCUUUGUGGUUAAGUAUUUCCUGCUGUGCUGUGUUUGACCAUUCAUUUGUAAAACUGGAUAUAGAGUAUUAUUUUUGCUCAUAGAGAAACUGAAAUAUUAAUAACCAGGGUGUAAGUCAUCAACUCAGUGGACAUUGCAACCUGCCAAACAUUCUGAACUACUGGAUAUUUGAAUCUACUGGACAUUUUAAGCUACUGGACAUUGCAAACUACUGGAUAUUGCAGACUUUGGGCAUUACAAACUUCACAUUGCAACUUGCUUUACCUUCUUGAGGAACUAGUGUGACCGCAUAAGAACUGUGCUUGACCAGUGAGAGACUUCAGAAGAACAAUGGACAAAAGCAUCCGUCCAUACGUUCCCUCCAAUGGCUGAGUGUCAUCCUCUGAGUAUACAGAAGACAUCGUCCAAAGGGCUGUGAGUCUGACACCACAAACACACACUCAAACACCUGCAAAGACCACCCUUCACUUCCCAGAGCGAAUGUCCUGUCUGCGACGCCAGCCUGUGACCAUCCCAAUGGAUACCGUCAAGAUCAUCCAAUCUGAGAAGUUCCCCCGGGAGUGCCCAGUGCCAGUCACUCAGCCUCGUUUCGCGCCUCCUCCACGGGUGGCCUGGGAUGGAGGAGGUGAAGGGGAAGUCAUUGUCAACCAAGCCUGCAGCGACUUGUCCCUGGAGGUCAAUGGGAACACCGUGGUCAAUCCACGGCCUAUGGUAUCCCCCCCAGCUCCCGUCUUGCGUCGGGAAGCUAGCUAUUUAGCUCAACGCAAGGCAAGCACCACCGAGAUAUGCUACCACCAGUUUCACUACAAGAUGGAUGAUGUAAUCGUGAACCAGUACGUGCUUCGCUCUUCGUCCACUUCUUCUUCUUCUUCCUCCUCGACAUCCUCUGGGCCGGUGAUGCCAUGUGAACCACUGGACUGCCCAACUUGCGGACACAUGUACAACUUUGCAGGAAAGCGCCCCCGGAUCCUUUCCUGCCUGCACUCGGUGUGCGAGGAGUGCCUGCAGAUCCUGUACGAGUCUUGCCCCAAGUAUAAGUUCAUCUCUUGCCCCACGUGCCGCCGUGAGACCGUCCUCUUCACCGACUACGGCCUGGCCGCGCUGGCCAUCAACACCAGCAUCCUGAGCCGGCUGCCGUCUGAUCCCGGAGGGACAGUGCAGUGGGGCGGAGACGCCGACCGCAGCUGCUACCAGACAGUGCGCCAGUACUGCCAGUCGGCAUGCACCUGCCACAUUGCCAACCCGCUCUCAUCCUGCGGCAUCAUGUAGAUCUGAAACGGGCCAUUGAGUGGUACUGUUUGAGCCAAACCACAGAACUAAACCACCCCUGUCACUCUGCUUUUCCAAAGCUUUCUUCCUGUAGAUCCAAAAACAGCCCACCAGGUGGCACUGUUCGAGCCAAAACCAAGACCCUUCCCAUGACCCUGUUUUUUCCAAAGCUCCCCUUCUCUCCCAACAUCCUUUCACUUGCAGCAUAACAUAGGACAUUGUAAACUGCUAGACAAUGCAAACUGCUGGACCAAAACAGGCCAUCAGAUGUGAAACAGGCCCUCAGUUGGCACUGUUUGAGCCAAAACCACUUCGCGACCCUGCUUCUCCAAAGCUAUCCUUCCUGUUGGAGCAUCAUCUUGAUCCAAAACAGUCCAUCAAGUGGUGCUGUUUGAGCCAAAAUGCCAAAACUCAACCCCUACUUGCCGUGACCACGCUACUCACAAGUCCUCUGUCUCACCCACAACAGAUGUAUCUAUAGAUCUAAUAGCACAGACGGUUGCUGUCUGGACUUUUAAGUGAAAGAGACACUUGUGCGCGGAGCCAAGAAAAAUGAAAUAUCAGAGUAAAUGUAUUUUAUGUACGAACUGAUUGACCCCUUCCCCAAGCCCUGUUUCUCUUGUUUGGAUGUGUUUGUCAUUGACAUCUCUUCACAUGGGAAUGCCAAGGAGACUUUGUCUCCCCCCUCCUGGGUAAAGCAAAUAAAUUAAUUGAAAUGAA